CUUUCUCUGCUCUCCGGUCGGCAAAGUCAAUCAUCAACCUCACGACGACGCAACUCCCUCUCCACUCCCCCGAACCUUCAACAAAUCCUCCAAAAUGGCCGCACGAAGCGCAGCUCUCAAGCUCGACUGGGCCAAGGUCACCACCUCCCUCGGCCUCAAGGGCCAGACCGCCGCCUCCCUCCAGGCUUUCAAGCAGCGCAACGAGAACGCCCGCCGCAGGGUCCAGCAGCUGUCGGAGCUCCCCACGACCGUCGACUUCGCUCAGUACCGCUCCGUCCUCAAGAACCAGGCCGUCAUCGACGAGAUCGAGAAGCGCUUCUCCGCCUUCAAGCCCGCUACCUACGAUGUCUCCCGCCAGAUCAAGGCCAUCGAGGCCUUUGAGGUCGAGGCCGUCAAGAACGCCGAGGCCACCAAGCAGAAGGUCGACCUCGAGCUCAAGGACCUCGAGAAGACCCUGACCAACAUCGAGUCCGCUCGCCCCUUCGAGGACCUCACUGUCGACGAUGUCGCCGCCGCCGAGCCCUCAAUCGACGAGAAGACCUCCCAGCUCGUCUCCAAGGGCCGCUGGACCGUUCCGGGAUACAAGGAGAAGUUCGGCGAUCUUUCCGUGCUAUAGACGCGUUCGUUCUUCGAUUCCCUUUGUGUACUCUAGCAUUGUAGAUAGGCGAUCGGUCCAAGGGGAGGGAAUCAACCCAGUGGACAUUAAUAUCGACCUGCUGUACCAAGCGCUCUGCCCAUCUUAUGACAUAUUCG